GCGUGUCAAGAAGGGACAAAACGGGAAGGGGUUCGGAGUUGUUGUGAGGCAGCCAUGGCAGCUUGAUCCGAAGGCGGUGAGCGAUUGCCCCGCCAAAGCGCGAGCGACAAGUCUCGCUCCGUCAUCGCCAUCUCAAGAAAGCAUUCCGCCCAAACAAUUCAAGCCUGGUCAUCAUCCACACGCAGACAAACAUACCAACGAUUUCACAAGCCUUUGACACUUCCAAAGCAAUCCUACAACAUGCAGAUCAAAGUGCGCACAUUGACCGGCAAGGAGAUUGAGUUGGACAUCGAGCCCGACUACAAGGUCUCUCGCAUCAAGGAGCGCGUCGAGGAGAAGGAGGGCAUUCCCCCAGCACAACAGCGUCUUAUCUUUGGCGGCAAGCAAAUGAACGACGACAAGACAGCCAACGAAUACCAGCUUGAGGGUGGCGCCACUCUCCAUCUGGUUCUUGCCCUCCGUGGUGGACGAUGAACAGUCAAUCAAUCGAUUCGCAACGACCACCUUCCACACAUAUGAAUGAUGCACACACUACCUCGACACACGACUUGAUUAUGGAGGGGAACGUGAUGCCCAAGGAAGAGUAGGAAGACUUGAUUUGUCUGUCCCUUUCGCAAGAACUACACCGUCGAGAACAUGCCUUCUCCCUCCAAGAUGGCACUUCGUGGGACUGUUUCCUCCAAGUCUUGCUAGAACC